GGAACCCCCCCGGCGGCCCUGGCACGCGCUCCUCGGCACCCACAAGGGCGUUCAGCAGCGCGCCUCCCCUUCCCGCCGCCCCCCUCCUCCUCCGGCUGCUACAGGCGAGGACACGUCAGGGGACAUAAAUAAAUAAAUAAUUCCAUUCACCGGGUGACAGCGGGGCGAACCGGCUGCGAUUGGGCGGGGGAGGACCAGGAGCUGCAGCACCCACCCUGUGCCAGAGAUCAGAUAAAGGGAGUGUGCUCCUUCUCUGAAGAUUAUCUUUGCAACUGAAUGGAUUUCUACUUUUUGAGAGAGGAGAUUAAGUUUCCAUGUUUUAUACACUUUGAACAGAUCCACUCAUACCCAGAAACCCAAUAAUAUGACUUCAUGGUCCUUGAGAGUAGAGUCCAUAUCUGAUUCAUCUGGGAAGCCAGGUUACUGAACUGGGCAGAGGUAAAAGCAGAAACUCAGAAGUCUGGCCUGUCCGGGUUCUGAUCUCAGCUCUGCCACUUAAGCAUUAAGGGAGUCAGUCUUAAGAUGCAAUGCUUUCCUGUGAAGCCUUAGAUCAAGAGAUUCUGGGAAACCAAGAACUCUAGGACACUGAGCCAAUAGAGCUACUUUGUGAGUACCUUCAAUAACGCAGACUCUGUCUACCUCUCUUCCCUUGCUUUGCCUUCAAAUAUUGCACUUCAGCACAGAGUGACUAGGCUUAAAGAUUCCACAAAAAACCCAAAGAAAUCUGUUCAAGAAGUCAUCUGUCAACAGGUUACUUGAAUUUGAAAUACAGGAGCAGAAAUGCCACCAAUGCCAAGUUCCCCACCUCUACACCCACCUCCUGAUGGAGGAUGGGGUUGGGUUGUGGUUGGAGCAUCUUUUAUCUCCAUUGGAUUUUCGUAUGCAUUCCCCAAAGCCGUCACAGUAUUCUUCAAAGAAAUUCAGCAAAUAUUCCACACCACGUACAGUGAAAUAGCAUGGAUAUCAUCCAUUAUGCUGGCUGUUAUGUAUGCAGGAGGUCCCCUCAGCAGUGUUUUGGUGAAUAAAUAUGGCAGCCGACCAGUGGUGAUAGUAGGGGGUUUACUAUGCUGUUUGGGAAUGGUCUUGGCUUCUUUCAGCACCAGUGUAGUAGAGCUUUACCUCACUGUGGGCUUCAUUGGAGGUUUAGGUUUAGCCUUCAACCUGCAACCGGCCUUAACAAUAAUUGGCAAGUACUUCUAUAAGAAACGACCCAUAGCGAAUGGAUUGGCCAUGGCAGGGAGUCCUGUUUUCUUAAGUACAUUGGCCCCUUUCAAUCAGUACCUUUUUAAUUCUUACGGCUGGAAAGGAAGCUUCUUGAUUUUAGGAGGUAUAUUUUUGAAUGCCUGCGUGGCUGGGGCCCUCAUGAGACCCCUUGGACCCAAACAAACUGCUUCUCAGUCUAAAACUCAGAUUGGUAUAAGAGUAGAAGACACAGAGUCAAAGAAAAUGCAACAGAAGAAAUCAACAUGGAAUAAAAUUAAUAAAUAUUUAGAUUUCUCCCUUUUUAAGCAUAGAGGAUUUCUGAUCUACCUAUCUGGAAACGUCAUCAUGUUUCUGGGUUUUUUUGCCCCUAUCAUCUUCUUGGCUCCCUAUGCUAAAGACAGGGGAAUAGAUGAGUAUUCUGCAGCUUUCUUGCUGUCUGUGAUGGCUUUUGUCGAUAUGUUUGCUAGACCUUGUGGAGGAUUAAUUGCAAACUCCAAACUUAUUCGCCCCCGAAUCCAGUACUUCUUCAGUUUUGCGGUCAUGUUUACUGGAGUGUGUCAUCUCUUGUGCCCCCUGGCACAGAGCUACACCAGCCUGGUAGUAUAUGCUGUAUUUUUUGGCUAUGGAUUUGGGAGUGUUAGCAGUGUCCUCUUUGAAACUCUCAUGGACCUUGUUGGUGCUCCAAGGUUUUCCAGUGCUGUGGGACUUGUCACCAUUGUGGAGUGUGGCCCAGUUCUUCUUGGCCCUCCUAUUGCUGGUAAACUGGUGGAUGUAACUGGAGAUUAUAAAUACAUGUAUUUAGCCAGUGGGGCUAUUGUGGUAGCCUCAAGUAUAUGGCUGCUCAUUGGUAAUGCUAUAAACUAUAGAUUGCUUGCAAAGGAAAGAAAGAAGAAUGAAGCAAUGAAGAAACAAAUGAAUACACAGGAGUUCAGAGAAUCAGAACCCUUGAGCAAUGCUAAACAGGAUGAAGUUACUGUCAAAGUCCCAAAAGGAGAGAAUACACCCUCAGAAAGAGAAACUAAUAUCUAACAAGAAUCACAUCUCUGAGUUCAGUGUUAUGAAUUUACUUAGAAGUUUUCUCCUGUUUUUUAAAGUAUUGAAAAAGUUUUUAGUUGAAACAAGCAGCCACAGCUAAAAAUGGAAAUGAGAUUUUACUCAAGGGCAAAUUGUAAACUAGUUCUUAAAAAUUUGUUUGGGUGGUUAAGUUUUGAGGUUAUGCAUACAAAAAACCCAUGCAAUGAGUUUAUUUCCAUAAUCGACUCAGAAUGUGGUGGUUGAAAUACGAAUUUUAAAGUCUUCCAGGGACUUCUAGUCUCCAUUAUAGAAUGAAAUCUAAAUCUCAAACCCUGAUCUAAUUAGUGAAAAAGAGUAUGUUUAAUUUCAUUAAAAGGUCUCUUCACAUUUCAUUUUUAUUUGAUAUUAAAAUUUGAAAUAGAUUUGAAGGAAAAUUAUCUCUCUCCUCACAUACACCCACACAGACACACACACACAGACAGACACACACACAUACAUAAACAUAUACACUCAUGUACAUACCAACAUGAACAGAGUAUCUGGAGAACAAAAGAAAAUAAAUACAUUUGAAAAGGAUAUUAUCGUAGUCAUUUAUUUAUUUUUUAAAAUAAAGAAAAUCCAUGGAAACAAAAGAAAUGUAUAUUUGCAUGCCAUUUUACAAUGUGGAUUUUAAAGAUAGGCACAUAGAUAAAAAUGAGGAUGGUCUUAAUUCAGAAAUCUAAGUGACCACUAUAAAAUAGCACUCGUGUGUAUAAAAUAGUUUGAGAAAAAGGAAGGACUCCA